UUGUGAACAAAACAUUUGUGACAAAACUCCAGCAGACUGGUAAGGAAGGGAAAGCCUGAAAGAUUUUGGCAUGGUUUUGAAUCUUCAACAAGUCCUGAUCCACUUUCCUCCUUUCUCCAACUUAUUUCCUCUUCAUUACAGAAACUUUGCAACUUCCUCUUCUUCCCAAUGCUAUGUCCGAUCCAUAAUCAAACUCUGCAAUAAAGUUGAGCACUUAAAACCACUCAAAUCACUCAUUAUUAUAACUGGGUUAUCUGGUUAUAAACUCGUUAUUUCCGAGUUUAUCGGACGUUGCUUCCAUCUGGGUAACACUGAACUUGGGUUGUCUGCAUUCUAUGCAUCAAAUAACCGCAGUUUGCUGUUGCAGAAUUUGAUAAUUAAGCAUCUCUGUAGCUUGGGGUUAUACCAAGAUGUAAUAUCUGUGUACAAAACUUGCAAGUAUUUUGGUACGUCUGAUGGUAACUACACGUUCCCUUAUGUAUUUAAGGCAUGUUCAGUUCUUUGUGAUGUAGAAUUAGGUAAAGAGAUUCAUGGUGUUGUUAUAAGAACUGGGUUUGGUACGAAUGUUUUUGUACAGACUGCAUUGGUUGAUUUUUACUCGAAAAUCGGGAGAAUGGACAUUGCACGGUUGGUGUUCGACAAAAUGUCUGAAUGGGAUAUGGUUUCUUGGAAUGCUUUGAUUUCAGGUUAUUCUUUUAAUGGCUUUGAUUAUGAGGCACUUAAGGUAUUACAGGACUUGUGGGGGAAGGGUGUUAAGCCAAAUGUGACAACUUUGGCCAGCAUUUUCCCUGUUUGCACUCGUUUAGGGUUUCAAUUACUGGGUAGGUCUUUGUACGGCUAUGCUGUGAAAUCUGGCUUCCAUCAUCAUGAAAUGUUGAUUCCAGCUCUAAUUUCAAUGUAUGCUACCAUGGGUGAAAUUCACAUUGCUAGAUGCUUGUUUGAUCUUUCACCUAUAAAAAAUGUGGUCAUUUGGAACUCUAUGAUCUAUGCUCAUGCAAGAAACCAAAUGCCUGAAACAGCCUUUGAAAUGUUCCAGAAAAUGCUCUCUGCUGAUUUACCUCUUAACGCAGCCACUUUUGUAUCUGUGAUCCCAUGCUCUGAAACAGUAAAUCUUCUCUUCCACGGCGAAACCCUUCAUGGGUGUGUAAUAAAACACGGGGUUGAUAAUCAGGUUUCUGUUGUAACAUCCCUGAUAUCUAUGUACGAGAAGCUAGGAGAUGUUCAGUCAGCUGCAAAAGUUUUUACUUGGAUGCCUCACAAAAACAUCCUUGCUUGGAAUUCAAUCGUUUCAGCGUACGUGCAUCAUGGCCUCUCACAAACGAGUCUAAAUGCAGUCCAUGAGAUGCAAGUAUCAGGGAUUGAGGCAGAUUCGAUUUCCAUUGUCAAUAUUUUUUCUGCCUGUUCAGAGCUAGAGGAGCUUCGUCUUGGUAAGUCUGCCCAUGCCAUAACCAUGAGAAAGGGUUUUGAUUCAGAUAUUAUUGUGUUGAAUUCUAUAUUGGGAUUUUAUUCUAGCUGCCAUCAACUUCACUCCUCUUUUAAGGUUUUUGAUUUGAUAGCCUCGAAAAAUACUAUAUCAUGGAACACUAUGAUAUCUGGUUGUGCAUAUAAUGGAGAAAUGAGAAAAGCUGCAGCCUUUUUUUCAGGAAUGCAGCUUGAAGGAGUGCAACCAGAUGUUGUUAGCCUGAUUAGUAUCCUUCCUAGUCUGAAUGAAAGUAGUAAUUUGGCACAAGGGAUGAAUCUUCAUGCUUUUGCUCUCAAAUUGUGCUUCACUUUUGAUGUUACAUUAGCUAAUGCUCUGAUUAGCAUGUAUUCUAGCCGCGGUGACCUGGAUUCUGCUGCAAUGAUUUUCCAUGCUAUGACAGACAGAUGUUUGGUUUCUUGGAACUCAUUACUCACUAGUUACCGAUGUCACAAUUUACACAAAGAGGUAAUAAUCUUGGUCAAGAAAAUGAUAAAAGAUGGUCAGAAUCCAAAUUACAUUACCUUGCUAAAUAUAUUACCUGGGUGCUCUACACUUUUGCAAGGUAAAUCAGUUCACUCUUACGCUAUCAGAAUAGGGGCUAUGCUGCAAACUCCCUUUUUGACAUCUUUGAUCUGUAUGUAUUCAAGAUUUAACAAUAUAAUUUCCUGCUUCUUACUCUUUGAGGCCGGGGAUAAAUUGGAUGUUUCUUUAUGGAAUGUGAUGAUGUCGGUAUUGCUUGAAGCAAGAGAGUUAGAAAAAGCAGUUUCUAUCUUUUGUGAAUUGCUUCAGACUGAGGUUAAAGUGGAUUAUAUAACCAUUCUGAGCUUGGUUUCAGCUUGUAUUCAGAUAAACAGCAUCUCUGUCACUAAUUCUGUGUUGGCAUUUGUGAUUAAGAAUGGUUUUCUCCAAGAAACAACCGUUGGUAAUUCUUUUAUAGAUUUGUAUGCAAAAUGUGGGGAUAUUCAGAUGGCUAGGAAAGUGUUUAAGAGUUUGCUGGAGAAGGACACCGUCUCUUGGAGUGUAAUGAUAAACGGGUAUGGUUUACAUGGAGACGGGGAAGGUGCAGUUUCUCUGUUUUCAGAGAUGGAAGAUUCCGGAAUAAAGCCUGAUAGCAUUACAUAUCGUAGUAUCUUAUCAGCUUGCAGCCAUUCUGGGUUAACUGAUCAAAGCAACAUUAUACUCAAUUCAAUGCAAAAGAAGGGGAUUCAACCAACAAUUGAAGAUUAUGGGUGUGUUCUUGAUCUUCUUAGUAGAAAAGGUUUGUUGUUUGAGGCAUAUGCCAUUGUAAAGAGAAUGCAGGGUGGAGUGUCAGUGAGUAUACUGGAGUCUUUGCUAGGUGGUUGUAUGGUACAUGGAAAUGUUGAAAUUGGAGAAAAAGUAGGGGAGUUUCUUAUUUAUAAGGAUCCUGAAAAUGUAGCAGCAUAUGUGACACUUCAUAACAUCUAUGCUGGUGGUGGAAGAUGGCAAGAUGCAAACAAAAUAAGGAGUAUGAUGGAAGAGAGAGAAUUGAGUAAAGCUGCUGGGUUUAGCAUGCUUGAUGGACAGAAACUAUGAAAGACUUGUAAAAAAAAAAAAAGUUUGUGAAGGACUUAAGGCGAAGUUGCCGGAGUUAAAAUUUAUCCGUGUUGGUAGCAAACAUCAGUGUAGCUGUUUCAAAGAUGUGCUUAGGUGGCAGAAAGACGGAAACUGUUUAGAUAGAAUGCUCGUCGCAGGUACAUGUUGUAUUCUAAGGCGUUGUUCGGUAAAGUUAGCGGUAGCCGGUAGCUAUUGGAAUAGUGGGUAGCUGUUGGAAUAGCGGGUAACUGUCGGAAUAGCGGUCAAUAGUAGCGGGUAACGGUUAGCUGUCAAAGUAGCGGGUAACUAAGAUGAAUGUCCGGUAAAAGUAGCGUUUGAGAUUGUAAAAUACAAUAAAAACUAUAUAUUCAUACGCUACAAUUUUUAACGUUUCACAAAAGAUAUCCAACCGCUACAUCA